AUGCAGGAACCGACAGCCAUAGACUGUCUAAGAAUUGUAGCCACGGCAAACUGUAGCGAUACGUGUGUUGUGCAGGCAGACUGGUGGCAUAUGAUGCACGAGGCGGCCAUGGAGACAAACGGGGUAAUUAAGCACUUCCCUUCCAUCGUCGCUAUCGGUACAUGGCACCCACAUAUCUACGAACAACCCCCAAAACGGCCCACUCCGUAUUACAUCGCUAAUAUACUCGGAAACGAAGAAGCAGUACGGACGCCCAAGGAAAAAACAAGUCUGACGACGAAACACCGACACCAAGAACCAGCGCCCACACUGCCACUAGACGGCGUCUCCGAAAAGAAGCGAACCACGGAUAACGGCGAGAGGGAUAUUACCGAAACAGUGUCUGAUAUUUCGGCGAAUAUUUUGGAUUGUUCAACGGGGAGUGAGACAAGCGGAGGCGACCGAGAAACGGACGAGGGGAGCGUAACAACAAAUGCUGACCAAGAUAAUAAUGGCGACGGGAAGCUUACGAAGGGAAACAAGCGGAAAAGCGGUAACUCUGACGAUACAUCAGACGACAAAGAAGGGAGCGAGAAAAAGAAAAAGAAAGCGCGGACCACGUUCACAGGAAGACAAAUAUUCGAGUUAGAAAGGCAGUUCGAAGUGAAGAAGUAUUUAUCGGCAAGCGAGCGAGCAGAAAUGGCCUCUCUCUUGAACGUAACUGACACACAGGUGAAGAUUUGGUUUCAAAACAGAAGAACGAAGUGGAAAAAACAGGACGGUAUCUCGAACUCGGAAGCGGCAGAACAUAAAAUCGGUGGUCCUAAACAUAUUGACACUAUUAAGCAAAGGCAGGCUGAACAGCUGAAGAAAGAGGGGAACUGUCCAAAUAAUGGCGAGGGUGAACUUGAAUGCAACGGAACUGAUAAAAAGAAUGUAGAAUCACAUGUCAGACAAGAUAACAAUGAAAAAACCGACAUUGGGGAAAGAACAAUUGUUGAAUGUAACGGGAACGAAAGGUUUGAUUCAAGUAAUAACGAUUCCAGCGAGUGUUCUAGUGACGAUGAUACGGGGGAAGUGAAUCAAACAACACCAUCGGUCAUCAUAUCAACAGCAAAUCCCGACAACAGCAGACAAAAUAGAGAUAAUAAUCUGUAG